UCAAAUAACAAAAAUCCAGAUUGCACACAUGAAUUAGGAGUCUCAUAUCAACUUUCAACCAAUCCUUAUUAUUAUUACACAAACAUUAUACAAUAUACAAUUUUUAAGGACAGCCUGGUUUUUGUGUGUCCAUGGAUCCACCCAUCACCAUUAUUAGGGCUUCAAGCUCCAUUAACAAGCCCCAAAAAGUAAAAGGGGUUGCUUGCACUCUCUACUUGGAAUCAUCUCUUGCCCUAUCUCAGUGGUGGACUUUUUCAGGUCCUCAUGAUUUGGGGCUUCUUUUCUCUGAUGGGGUUCUUAUGAUUUAGGGUUUGCUUUUUCUCUGGCAGGGGAGGUACUUCUUUGUUGGAAUUUUUAUUUUGUUAUUUUCUUGGAGACAAGACUUGGAUUUUUCUAGGAUUCAAUAUUAUUUCCCUUCCCUUUCUCUCGGGUCAAUACAUUGCUUCUCUUUCUGCUAAAUGUGCGCAAUUUUUUAGAAAAUAGGUCCUUUUUUUUCCUUUUGUGGGUAUUGAACUUUAGCUUGGAAAUAAUGUUUUUCUUCUAGGUUUUUGUUUUCCAGUUUCAGGUGCAUUUGGAGUAUGGUACCUUUGAUUUGGUUUUCUAGUGGUUUUUAUUCUUUCUUAAUCGUAAAAAUGUGCUUAUAAUUGCAGAUUGUUAGAAGAAUCUGACAUUCUAUUGUAUGUAUUCUUUUGGGGUGUCGAUUGUUGCUUUCUGGAGUGUCGAUUUCAUAAACCUGAUUUUCCCAAAUUUUAGGCCCUAGAGGUUGAAGAUCUUUCUCCCAUUUGGACCCAAUUUAUUGGUUGUCUUGACUUUGUUUUGAUCAUCCAUUGAUUUGUAGUGAUUGGAGCUGUUUCUGGUUAUUCUGGUCUUAUUUUCAGCUGUUUACUUGUAAUCUAUACUUUCAUAACCCCAUUUAUCUCCUUAUUUUUCUUUAGUCACCUUCUAUUUUGGGUUAAUUAUAGAUGUUAAGUCCUAUUGGAUCUGGUUUAUGUUCUUGUUUGAUCUUUAAUUCUUUCUUUGGAAAUUUUCUUGACAUGGGGUUUACAUCUUCUCUUCCUUUUGUUUCCCUUCGGGGCUUGUGUACUACUGAAAAUUUGCUCUGAAUGAGUUAAUUUUUCUCUUGCCCCUCUAAAUAUUUAAUAGGAUUCCUCUGUCUUUCUCUCCACCUUUUUUCCUUGAUUAUAGUUUCAUUGUCCAGGUUCUCUACCUCCUUGUGCUCCUUUUCUAAAUCUCGGUAAACUUUUUGGUCAUUUUCUGCUCUCUCUCUCCUCUCUCUCUCUCUCUCUCUCUCUCUCUCGCCACGCCAUGGGAAUUUGUCAUGGAAAGCCCUCACCGACACCUGCAACCCAUGAUGAACCGGCUCAAACUAGCUCUAAUGGAGGCCCUUUAUCAAACACUGAGACCAGUAAACCCCCUUCUUUCCCUUUCUAUAGCCCCAGCCCCUUACCUAGCGCCUUCAAGAAUUCACCUGCAAUUUCCACUGCAAAUUCCACGCCUUUACGCUUUUUUAAGCGCCCUUUUCCCCCACCUUCACCUGCUAAACACAUUAAGGCCCUUCUUGCUCGAAGGCAUGGUUCUGUGAAGCCCAACGAAGCUGCAAUACCAGAGGGUAAUGAAGGUGAACUGGGGUUGGAUAAAAACUUUGGGUUCUCAAAACAUUUUACAACAAAGUAUGAGACUGGGGAGGAAAUUGGGAGGGGGCAUUUUGGCUAUACUUGUUUGGCGAAUGUGAAGAAAGGGGAGCUGAAGGGUAGGGAGGUGGCUGUUAAGAUCGUCCCCAAAGCAAAGAUGACGACAGCAAUAGCCAUUGAGGAUGUAAGAAGAGAAGUGAAAAUUUUGAGGGCCCUUUCAGGGCAUAAGAAUCUGGCGCAAUUUUAUGAUGUCUAUGAAGACCAUGACAAUGUUUACAUAGUGAUGGAGUUGUGCAAAGGAGGGGAGCUUUUAGAUCGAAUAUUGGCGAGGGGUGGAAAAUACUCAGAGGAUGAUGCAAAGGCUGUCAUGGUCCAGAUCCUUAGUGUGGUUGCGUUCUGUCAUCUCCAAGGUGUGGUUCAUCGGGAUCUCAAACCAGAGAAUUUCCUGUUUAGCUCGAAGGACGAGAACUCGCCACUGAAGGCCAUAGACUUUGGUUUGUCAGACUUCGUAAAGCCAGAUGAGAGGCUUAAUGACAUUGUGGGGAGUGCAUAUUAUGUGGCACCUGAAGUUCUACAUAGAUCUUAUAAUACUGAAGCAGACAUGUGGAGCAUUGGGGUGAUUGCGUAUAUUCUUCUUUGUGGGAGCCGUCCCUUUUGGGCUCGAACCGAAUCAGGUAUUUUCCGUGCUGUUCUAAAGGCUGACCCAAGUUUUGAAGAGGCGCCGUGGCCUUCCUUGUCAGCUGAGGCUAGAGAUUUUGUCAAGCGUUUGUUGAACAAGGAUUUGCGUAAGAGAUUGACUGCUGCUCAGGCCCUCAGUCAUCCAUGGAUAAGAAAUUACCAAGAUGUGAAGAUUCCUUUGGAUAUGCUUGUUUUUAGGCUUGUAAGAGCUUAUAUAUGCUCUUCAUCUCUUCGGAGAUCAGCUUUGGGGGCCCUUGCAAAGACUUUGACAGAAGAUCAACUUUUCUAUCUAAGACAACAGUUUGAAUUAUUGGGCCCAAAUAAGUUGGGGUGCAUCUCUCUACAAAAUUUCAAAACGGCCCUGAUGAAGAAUGCAACUGAUGCAAUGAAGGAAUCCCGUGUUCUUGAUUUUGUUUCCUCGAUUGGUGCUCUUCAGUACAGAAGAUUGGAUUUUGAAGAAUUUUGUGCCGCUGCAACAAGUGUGCAUCAGAUGGAAGGGCUUGAGAAUUGGGAACAACAUGCUCGUCGUGCCUACGAACUUUUUGAAAAAGAUGGGAACAGGGCCAUUGUCAUCGAGGAACUUGCAUCGGAACUCGGGCUCGGUCCCUCUGUCCCCGUUCACGUUGUCCUCCAUGAUUGGAUCAGACAUUCAGAUGGCAAGCUCAGCUUCCUCGGGUUUGUCAGGCUUCUCCAUGGCAUUUCCUCUCGUUACAUGCCGAAGCAGGCUACUGUGUCCUGAGUCUCUCUCUCCCUUCUCCCCUCAGCGCCCCCCCCCCCCCACCCCCCA